CCUCGGCGGGCACGUUCCUGGAGGUUUUUCAGCUGGAAGUGCUACCAGUUCUGCUACAAGCGAACUUCGCUGAAGACGCGCGCGACAUUCACGAUUGUCCUGGAACUCCUGUACCUGUGUCGAAUUUUGUUAGAAACCAUCCCUACUACACCGCUUCAAAGCUGAUUUCCAUGCUGUGGCACAACCAGAAUCUGGAGGCUGUUGCCGUGUACACCGGCGAGAAAACGAGCAGCCUUGUGGAAAGAACGGCGCGGGCAGCGGCGACGAUGCUUUUGGAUGCUGAAGGCAAGAACGCGGUAAACGCACUGGGCACCAGUACGACCGCGGCGGUCCAUCUAACGGAAGACAUGCUCGACAAUCUGGUCUUCGAAGCGCUGCCUGAGAUUUUGCGACGGGAUACUGAACAACGUCAACACCAAGAGACUUCGGAUGAUCAUGCGGAAAGUAUCAACUUUGUCGACCUCGUCUUUUCCGCGCAGAAACAAAUUUAUCUGCAGAACUCGUACAACAACACAAUCGGGUCAUCGAUGAUUUCUCCAUCGCGACAAAGUGCCACGGCGAAGCGGCUCCAGUACGUGAACAAGCUUGCCGAGCUGAAUCUGAUUCCCUCCUUACAGAAAAUGAAGCAAAUACUGGAGCAGAAAGUCUCCCCGACGGAGAAAAAAACGAACUUCGCGAGGAAGUUUAUAACCGACGGAGCAAGUGCCGAAACAAUGCUGGCGGCUUUGUGCUUUGCUGGUUUCAAUGAGAUAAGGGAGAAGGUGGUCCUGCAGAUGAAAAGUAGCAGUGUUCAUAAUUCCCUUGCUUCUGAGAAGAAAAAGGCCACGACCAAGCCAAAGAUUAACUUGAAAAACGAGCUGAAGAUACAGUUGGAGAACAGCUUCUUCAAUGUGCGAAUGCCACAGUUUACGGAACUGCUACUCGAACACGCGGACGUGCAGAGUAGCGUCAGUGCCCGGAACGCAAUAGCGGUGUUGGCGAGACUGAACCUGCAAGGUGGUUUUGCGGAAACGUUUCUGCAGGCUGUUUCCUCCGCUGCUGAGCAGCGAGAGCAGUUACUGCAAAACGUUCUAGGUGGAAAAAGCAACCGCAGCCACGAUGGGGAUCAUUUAACAACCCGCGAACGGCACAGAGUUACCAGCUUCUCGUCCAGUAAGCAGCAAAUUCUCUCUCAGGCGAGCUACUUUAUCAAAUGUAAAAAUGUCUGGGUCUGGAAGAAUGAGCGAUUUGUCAUGCAGCUUUUCCAUGACCCAUGAGGUCUGGAAUGCAGGACCUAGCAUGACAGAUUCUGCGCGACCUCUCUCAUGCCUAUCCUGCAUGAGAAACCCCCUCCCGACCUGGUCAAAACUGGACGACUUUUGGUAAUCAUGCAACACAGAUUCUUGCUUGUUUCAAAUUUAGCAUGACAAGUUGCAUUCUUCCAGACCCAGACAUUUUUACAUUUGAUAUACUUCAAGCGGUACCUGAAGCCGGAGAUCGAUUUGGAGCAAGAUCUGGAUUUACACUUGAUGACAAACGUAUGGAUGUGUCAGGUUUGAAAUCGUCAGAGUUGAAAAAACUUGUAAUGCACAAAAUCGAUGCCAAUUGCAAGCCCAAUUUCUAAGCGGCGCAUGACAAAUUUGAGUAGAGCCGAAAUCCAGUUUGUAAUGCUGUUUGGGUAAGGAAGACGCCUUUUGUCAUGCUGCUUUAGCAGCUCUAUUCCUACCCCGCAACAGGCUCACAAUCUGCCUCCCUUGCCUACUCUGCAAGGCAGGCAUUUUCUGCGUUGCAUUUUAUGCAUCACAAAUCAUUGCAACUUUGACGAUUUCAAUCCUGACAGUUCCAUAAAACGUGAUUCGCACGGCAGAGGACCGGAUCUUCAGCCCGACCGCAGUCCUAGAGGCGGUGCGGGAGAGUUUGCUGGCGACACCCGGGGCGGACGGGGAACAGCUUAGAGUUUUCAACGCAAACGCAACGGCUUCAUCGACUUCAAGAGGGGCUUCAGGUGUGGAUGGGAAGAGGACCAGCAGUGCCAGUUCCAGCAGUACGGACUGCACGUUAGUGUUUGUUCUUCAACAAGAAGGAGAGGAUUUUGUUUCCAUCGAUGGGGAUGCACAUGAAAACGUUGAAACUAGCACUACCAAAGUCCUUGUCGCCGAUAUCCUGCCACCGAAAUCUGCCGUAAGCAGUACAGACAUGCGGUUUGUGAACAUCAAGCACGACAUCUGGCGGAUGGAAAACCUGUUUUCGGAGAACAAGGACUUUGAAAUUUUGACGCUUUUUUCGGACGAAAUAGGUGGUGACGGAGAUCAUGAUGUUGAGGUGGACUACGGCCUUGUAGGGAAGAAAAUACUGGAAAAAGUGCAAGCGAAGCUGCAGUUCGGUUUACGAACAGGUUCACCUGCCGUGGCGACUCCUCUUGUCGAACACGUUUUCGUGUCCGCUGGGGAAGGGGCAGCUUCGGCCCGAGCGGAGCAGGAAAGCAGUCCCGAGGACGCAACUGCUAGUAGCGAAAAUAACUACGUCAAGCGGGUCGUGCGGGGAGGUCUACUGAAGCCCGGCGCUGCAGCUUCCACUGCCGACAUUGAAGACAUCGUGGUUCCGAAAGACCGAGGGGGAUCGGAAGGCGUUGUAGCAGGGAAAGCGACAUCAUACAAAGUGGUCGAAGUCCAGAACGCGCCAGCACACAAAGCGGUCGACGUCCAGAAUCUGUCUGCAAUGGCCGCUGGAGCAGAAAUUACGGCGCCACCGCAGCAAGUAAACGAGAAUCUUCAACACCCUGCUUCAGCUCAAAGCAUUCCCCUUGCACAGCAACCGCUAGCGGGAUCGCAACUGCACGCGGCUAAUCCUGAAACUAAUUCCACCGCGGCCCGAGAAGAUGAAAAGGUGAUAUCGAGCCCCGAAUUACGUUCUUCUACCAGCGAAAGCCUCACAGAUACGGUCGACAUCCGCGAAGCCGUGUUAGAGCUAGUUGAGAGCGGGGAGGGGGAUAUUCCAGAACUUUUGUUGAUCAAAUUAGAGGAGACGUUGGCGGGUGAUGAAGAAGAUGAAGAGAAAUUGAAGGAAAUCUACAAAGAGCUGCUUGAGGCACAAAAGGAUCAGCAUCAACCGGUUUUGUCCAGCACACAAGCUGCAGCUGCGUCUGUGGGUCGGGAGCCUGUUAAUGGUGCAAAGGAGCUGCUUCAUGAUAUAGAAGCAGCGUCAGCAGAGGCAAACACAAAGGUGGAGCAGAUCGCAAUGAAGAACCCCGCUGCUCCAACGGAUAUUGAUCAUGACAAAAAUCCGACAACUGCUGCUCAAAUCCGCACCGUCGCUGAAAUUCGGAAGGACGUGCUAGAGAACAAAGCUAGCGACUCUUGGGAACUUGCUCCUAUGCGGCUGCUCGCGAAGAACAGCGAUCUGCGGACCAAGCGCGCUUUUCUGGAGAAAAACAAGGUCGCGGAAGUCUUCUACAUCCCACAGGACAAGAGUGUCCACGAAAAAUUGCGGCAGAAGAGGGAACAAGAAAGCGUGAUGGACCUGGAAAAGUUGCGGAAAAUGAAAAGUAGUAAAAGCACAGCAGGUAGUCGUGGUGCGGAUAAAGGUGGCACAACAACUUCUAGUUUGAUAAAGCGUGGUGCUGGCCACGACAAAGUGGAGACGAAAAGUCGUUCAGUCCAUGCUGCAACUUCAGCCUCCUGGCAACAUGUGUUGGAAGAUGCAGAACCGGAAGACGUGAGGACGGCAGAAGGCGAAGGUUUAGGUUUUGUCGUUCCAACAAGCCGCGAGCAUGUUGAACCAAGGAAACAAAUAAAGCCAAAGCCUCGUCAGCUCCGUCAGGAAUCCGCAGAGGAGAUGCUCGCGCGGUUGAAAAACGCCGGGAGCAUGCGACGCUCGAAUGUCGGUGGCGGCAGUGGAAGUGCAAGUUUUCGGCAGGGCGAUGCGGCAGCGACGCUAGACGGUGGUAGUGGUUCGUACUCCCCGCUGCGCGAGGUCCGGCAAAAAUCACAGUACUACAACAAUGCUGUGCAGAGAAAUACGAGGAGAAUGAACCGCAGUUACGAGGAGUUGAAAGACGUGCUGUCGGGAGCGGAAACGGAAAAUGAGAAGCUGAAUGACAUUACGCCCGCUACUUCACGACCCGAUAACACAAGCACAACGCAGAAUUCUAGCGCUGAUGCGACAGCAGAUCAGAGUUCGGGGCGAGUCGAUGAUGCAAUCGGGGGCGCAGGUAAAGCGGUCACGAACGAUGAAAGCAAGCAGUUUGAAGAAGCAGCAAAACGCAUUAUGCAAGGUACCAUGCGGCCGAAGCAUACCGUUUCAGCUACCACUGCGAUAUAGGCGUGCUUUUAGUCUGGAUUGUGAUUUUUGUAUACCAUUUUUUUGUGCAUGAGGUCGCAUUUUUUUUGCCGUUCUUCAAUAACGAACACCUCAAUUGAUAACUCGACUCGGUCUGAUCGUUUUUUGUGUGCAUCAUUUCUUUGUUCUUAAUCAAUUGCAUCCAUAGCUCGAGGAAAAGGAGCUGUAGAAAUGAAUACGAGGAAUUUUUCUUGAUGACGUUGCUUGGGAAAAUGAAAAAAGAACGAAGUGAAUUCCGUACAAACGUGAUUACAGUUUUUUUGUACACACGUGUAUGUAAAGCCGUUCCAAAG